AGUUCCUUCACAUUUAUCCUUGAGCCAUCAUCAUGUCCAGCUUCACUCACACGACCACUCCCCUCCAACCCCAACUCACCAAACCCCGUCGGAAAAGAAGCACACUCCCAAGAGCUGAAGCCUCGUUUCCGGGGGAAGAAAAUGUGUCGACCCAUCGACGACAAUUUGUGACGACUUUAUUUGCCACUACUUCAAUGGCGGCGCUAGGUCUGCAAGGAACCCCACAAGCACUGGCCCAGAAUUGGGGCACGCGUUCAUUCAUAAGGGAGCGGUUUUUUGAGCCCGGGUUGUCGCCGGAAGACGCGGUGGCGAGGAUCAGGCAAACUGCCGAGGGGCUGCAUAGCAUUAGGGAAAUGUUGGAGACCAUGUCUUGGAGAUAUGUCAUUUUUUACAUUCGGCUGAAGCAGGCUUAUCUUUCUCAGGAUCUGAAAAACGCCAUCACUACGUUGCCCGAAGGCCGCCGAAACGAUUAUGUUAAGACCGCAAACGAGUUGGUAGAUAACAUGCUUGAGCUUGACUAUUAUGUUCGCACGCCAAAAGUCUAUGAAUCGUAUCUAUACUACGAGAAGACAUUGAAAUCAAUAGAUGAUCUUGUGGCAUUAUUUGUUUAGUGUAUAUUUCUCUACAUGCUUUAAUGGAAGCAUGGCUGCAAUUCACAAUCAAAGAUUUGCGGCCAAUACAAGGUGAUUAAAAGAUCUUCAAUGACUUCUGCUAAACUCUUUGCAGUAUUUGUUGUUGUUGUUGUUGUUUUUUUCUUUCUUUUUCAUGUAAAAUGCAGAUUGAAGGAAUUAUAUGACGGCCUAAA